AGCGUGCAGUGUGUGUGUCUCGCUCUGACUGAUACUUCCCCUGCUCAGGCUUACUCUAUGUGUGUGUUGGGGUUUCGGUUGGUGUCGGGUGCGAUCGGCGUGGAGAUGCAUUCGAGUGCGGUCGGUCGGCGUCGGUGCAUGUGCAACGCGAGCGGUGGACGCAGACGAUUGCAAACGAUGCACACGGCACAAACCCGGCGUGAAGUGAAGUGAAUGUUGGGUGAUAUUCGCCAAUAGACGCAGUUUGAUUCAGUUCAAGAAGUUAGUUUUCGCCGAGAGUAACUUUCUUUCAUUUAAGUACCUGUUUUAAUAUAAUAGUUUUAUAAUUGGUUGUAUUGAUUAAUGAGUUUUUUGAGUUUUUUGUUUUGUUUGAAAGUUUUUUUGGUGUGAUUUUAAUAUUUUUGUGUGUUUUGUGUUUGAUUGGUUAGUUAAAAGUGUUUUGUGUGUGAGUUUGUUUAAAUGAUGUUAAAAGUUGGUUUCUGUGGGCUUUCGGGGACAAUCUUGGUGCCGGUUAAGAUGGCCGACGCACGCACGCCGGCAUUACAACGCGUAUGACUGCAUACAGUGUGCUUAGGCCAACAGAAGAGAGCCCUCGCCGCCACCUGAGCCCCUGGGCGCCUGGGCCAUUGCCAUAACAACUUGCCGCCACCGGUAGUGCUGCUGCUGCUGCUGCUGCUGCUGCUGCUGCACCGGCAGCGGCUGCGUGUCGCCAUGCCGACAUACAUGAUGCACCAUCAGCGGCGGCCUGUUGCAUCAUCCGCGAGCAACAAUCAACAAACUUCCUCUCCACUUCUUCGAUGCUAUGCGGUGCAACGAAAAUGGAAAUCUUGCUGAAUUAUCCUGGUUUACAAGCUGUGCGUAAACAUGACUCUCCUAUGCAACAAUCUGUGCGGGAAUACAAAGGACUUCUCUUUGUUAACGAUAAAUCCUUCAAAAUACAUCUACACCAAUCAAACUCCACGUGGUUAAUGCAUAAUCCCACCGAUGAUCCGAUUAUCUACGCAUUAAACUCACAAAACUUCAAACAUGCUUGGAAUUACUUGGAUGCUUACAAGAAACAACUGGAACCCAUCCACCUUUCUCAUCAACCAGUCCCAGUUGAUAUCUACCGUAGAGUAAUACAAGAACACCAAGAAUUCGUCAACUUUCACAUCUAUCUCAAAACCGUUCAACUCGCCAGUGAUUUAUCACACAUUACAAUUAUCUACGUCGAUGGCAAGUUCAGAAAUCAUCAAAUCACAAUCACCGUCAACUAUAAUCAAGGCAAACUGUUUCAAAUCGGUUGUUGUAAACUCCCAGUGACAUUAUCUGCCUCCGAUGAUUCUCUUAUUAAUUUAUUCGAGGUUUUCGUUGCGCAGGUUGAGAAUUUUCAGCAAUUCUUUGAUGUUAUGGAUGUGAUUGAUCAGUUUUUAUGGACUGUUGAUCCAGAAAUGCCUACAAGAGCUGAUGUAAGACGGAGGGUUAUUCUGGAUGUGAAUUUAUCGGUUGAAAUGGUUUUUAAUCCAAAUCAUCCGAUGACUUUGCCAGAAAUGCGUUUAUUUGGUCCUGUUGGGAGGGUACAGCAGAUAGAAAGUGUUUUGAAUAAUAACUUUGAGUCCUGGAGUGAAGAUGGUGAUGUAAUCGACGAGUUAACAAAGAUUUUUGAAGUUGCAGUGUUUCCAGAGCGUGGAUCUCUUGAUAAAGAGUGUGGGAUAGGUGAAUGUGGGAUUUGUUUGUCCACUCGGGGCCAUUCCAGUAAAUUACCAGAGGUUUUCUGUCCGAAUUCACCGUGUGAUCAGUGUUUUCACACUGAUUGCUUGUAUAAAUUUCUACAACAAUCUCUACAGGAAUACAGCACUAAAGUACAAGGAUCUUGCCCCUAUUGCAAGCAACGCAUCACUUGUGAAAACCCACAGCAGUAAAACUGUCAAAAGUCAACAUGAAACAAAAUGGCGUCAUACUUAACAAUAAAUGUGUUUAAUUUAAAA